AUGUAUGUAAAUACUUUUUUUAGUAACAUUUCAGUCCCGGAUGAGAAAUAUUUGUUUGAUUUUACUAAAACCAGCGAUGUAGAUAAUUGGCAAGAACAAUCUGAUACAGUACGAAGUGUUGGGAUGUCAAAAGCAGUGUUUGUGCUUCAUAAAAAUACCGAAUACAGAAGAGCUAUAUUCUUUGCUUUAUUAAAUCCACAACCAAAUGGAGCCGGUUUUGCUGGUAUACGUUCAAUAGGAAACCACGAUCUUACCGGUUGUACGAAACUACAACUGCUUUGUCGCGGCCAAGGACAAUUCAAUGGUUUUAAAGUAGUUUUGCGUCAUAAGGGUUUAAAUGAUGAGCCGAAUUAUUCCUUUGAACAGUACUUCCAGGCCCCAAAAGAUGAAUUUGCGAUUCGAAGUUUACCUUUCUCGGAGUUUAAAGCUUACUAUAGAGGUAAACGGGUAAACAAUAACGAAACAUUGGAUAUAGCACAUGUUAGCAGUAUUGGACUACAAAUGUAUGGUGGCGUGUACCAACCUAUUAAACAGAAAGGUCCAGCUACUCUUGAAAUAGAUUGGAUUAGAGCUGUAUGA